CGUGGCGGAUGUUCAUAUGACGAGGAAGGAAAAACACCCUGCUGGCUGUUGUUUACAAAGGGGUUUGAACUUAAAUGACUUGUUGUCGCGUCAGGUGAGAUUGUGGAAACGCACGGUGACGUAAUGUGUAGUGUGUAGCUAACGUUACUUCACGUGAUUACCGUCCACUUUAACGUCAGCUGUGGAAAACACGCGCACGUGAGCUAUGGAGAAAACGUUCAGUCAGUGGAAGAAGCAGUGUCUCAACAAACUGGACGUGAGUAAGAAGGGAAGCGUGGACGAGGACAUCUCCAAUAUGGUGUCUAUGCUCAACAGCCGCGAGGAGUACUUCACCACCAGCUCCUGCUCCGGGAGAGUCAUCCUCAUCGAGCGGACUGCAGGAAGCGCCGAUAUUCACAAACAGAAUUGCGUUUGGCUCUUUGUCUCACACCAGAAAUGUACAUCGGAGGACCUGAUGUGUGGAUUGGCCAGGUCCACUGGAGAUGCCGUGUUUAAGUUUGAGCCCUUCGUGCUCCAUCUUCAGUGUCGGCGGCUGGAUGACGCUCAGCUGGUGCAUUCUGUGGCAGUGAACUCCGGCUUCAGGAACUCCGGUCUCACUGUCAGCAAGACGGGAAAAGUCAUCACGGCUGUCAGAAGCACCCACGGACUGGAGGUUCCUCUCAGCCACGAAGGAAAGCUCCUGGUUGAACAAGAGUACAUCAAUUUCCUUACUCAGAUUGCCAAUCAGAAGAUGGAAGAGAACCUGAGGAGGAUUCACAGGUUCUACCAGAAUCUACAGUCGGCCCUGACUAAAGGGAAACCACAAAAACUCGAAAUUCCAAAUCCACCCAUCUCGCUGAAACCACAAGACAAUCAACUGGAGACAGAGCGGGGGGAAGAACCAAAGGAGGAGGAAGAGCAGAAGAAUACAAGUGUGUAUCAACGAAGGCGAAAACGAGAACACCACCAGCGAGCUGACUGUUGUCAUGGUGACAGGGCUAGCCUCAUGCCAGAGCUGGAUGACUGUCUGGAUCUGUUCACAUGAAGCAGUAGCUCUGCAAACAUGCUGGCCGGCUGCUAUCAUGACUAGAUAGUAGUGCAGACUGUCUAGCUGGGCCUCACCAAUGUCAUCACCAUGGUAACCCACACUGCACCACUAAGUUGCUCCAGUCAAUAGAUCAGAGUAAUGGAUCAUUUCUACAUGCAUGGAUUUAUAAACAUUCCGUAUUCAUCUAAAAAUUAUCAAAUGUAUUAUAAUAGAGCUAUCAACAAGCUAAAUAGGACAACUUGUGUGUUUUUUGCCAUUUGCGUGAUCAUGUGACCUGCCGAUGGAUCAUAGAAAGGUGGCGACAGAUCAUGUGACCUGCCGAUGGAUCAUAGGAAGGUGGCGACAGAUCAUGUGACCUGCCGAUGGGAUUAUAGGAAGGUGGCGACAGAUCAUGUGACCUGCCGAUGGGAUUAUAGGAAGGUGGCGACAGAUCAUGUGACCUGCCGAUGGAUCAUAGGGAGGUGGCGACAGAUCAUGUGACCUGCCGAUGGAUCAUAGGGAGGUGGCGACAGAUCAUGUGACCUGCCGAUGGAUCAUAGGAAGGUGGCGACAGAUCAUGUGACCUGCCGAUGGGAUUAUAGGAAGGUGGCGACAGAUCAUGUGACCUGCCGAUGGAUCAUAGGAAGGUGGCGAUGAUCUUGCGAUCUUUGCGUCUAACUAAGACGCUGCGCUACUUGUCGCUGUGUUGUGGUACAUUCUCAAUAAAGUUUGAAAACAAACACUUAGGGCAAA